AUUGGCACAUGCACAUGCACAUUACAUAAAUCGUAGUAAUCCGAAGUCCCCAUUGACAUGACCUUGGUAAACAAGGACAUUGCCCUGUCAUUGUAUCUCGCACGACGCACUAAGCAUGAUUUUGCCUAUGACUACGACUGCGACUACAAAUUCCAAUGUCAGACAAGGUCGAGCGCCUAAUCAGACGGUUAUAAUUAUGUUUGGUCGUGAGUAAACUCGGUGACCUUAUAGUAACACGUGUCACUGUUUUUCGUUUCAUUGGGGUUUUACUAACGUGCACACCUCCACCAUUAUGUCGCAGAAACCUGGAGUUCACUCUCUGGAAGGGUUCAGUGUAAUUGGCACUGGGAUAUAUCUCCGGGGUACCUGCGAGCAAUGCCAGGAUACUACAUUGCCAAACGUCAUUUUGAUAUUCGGAUGGAUGGGAGCACAACUUAGGCAUUUGCAGAAUUAUACCCAUGCAUAUACCAAAUUAUAUCCAAACGCGUCUCAAAUCGUCGUUCGGUGCAAUCCCGACGUGUUCUGGACUACAACCGGUACCAGACAACGGCGCCUCAUGCCUGUAAUCGAUGCCUUAGAAGCACUGCACUGCUUCCCAUCUUCCUCUUCUGCUCAACCGCCUCCCCGCAUACUCACUCACGUGUUUUCCAAUGGAGGCUCCCUGCAAAUGACACUUCUUGGACACAUGCUAAAGCGGAAAUAUGGCUCCACAUUAAUUCAACCGUUCACCGCGAGCGCAUUGAUCCUCGACUCGUGCCCGGCAAUAGGUAACCUAAAAACAAUUAAACUCGCAUUCAGCAUUGUCAUCCGGAACCCAAUUCUCAGGGUCAUUGUACUUGCUAUGAUAUACACAAUGCACUUCGUCGGCCUUGGCCUCUCUCUGGUAUUGGGUAAGCGAAUAAUGAUCAUGGAAAACCUCCGGAUCGAAAUGUGGAAUCCCCGCGUCCUACCAUGGAUGGGCCUCCACACACCCCGCCUCUAUCUUUUCUCGCGCAAGGAUAAAUUGAUUCCGUGGCAAGAUGUCACGCAACAUGCCGAGACUGCGAAGGGACGCGGAAUGGAUGCACGUUGCGAACUGUUUGAAGAGAGCGAACAUGUAGCACACGUCCGGGUGGAGCCAGAGAGGUAUUGGGCUUCGGUACAGGAUAUUUGGGCGGUUGCAAUCUCCAAGGAGAAAGUCGAGGAUCAGAGGCUACUUGAAUAAUUAUAGAUUUCUGUUGGAAGAUCUAUCUCCCUUGUCGUAGUGCAUCCGUAUAUUGGGUCACGUUGUAAUUCGCAGAGAGUACUCCUUCAACCAGUACAUAGAGCUGCUACAAUUAACCUUCCUAUUAAGCUCA